UGAAUGUUUUUUUAUUUAAGCUAAAGUUUCAUCUAAGUAAUUGUAUUUCUUGAAAGUUAGACAGAAUACCCCUCUGAUUGAUAGCAUGUUUUCUUUUGGACAGUGUUCUUCCAGACACUGUUCAUUCUUUGAAGAUGGUAACAUCUUGUAUGAAGUAUGAUCUGUGCUGAACAGAUGUGCCUUCUUCUGUAAUCACCUCUGUUUGCAGUUUCUUUUUAUUUCAAAAGUAGGAGGGUCAGACAGAGAGGUGGAGCCUCCAAAUUAGCAAAAGUUUUGACUCUUGUGAAGUUCAUAAUAACAUUACAAUUAGCCCUUGGAAAGUAGUAGAACAUGCGUAAGAUUUCUGGGAAUAUCUUUAUAUAUUCAACUAAGUGGGAAAUAAAUUCUGCAACCGGCUUUUGUCUCACUGCACAAGAUUUAUGCAGAUCACUGUCUUGUGUUGCUUAGGCCUGAUAAAGGAUCCUUGCUUUCUAAAACUCCAAAUUGAGAUUUUUAUUUGCCAUCAUUUUUGUUAUCAGUUACAUAAAUGUUUGAAAUAGGGAAAACGACUGUACUGUUGACAGACUAGCUGAGCAUUUUGUGUCUCAUUGGAUAGCUAUUCUCCAAAGGGCUUUUACUACUUUAAGACACAUGCUGGGUUUUCCUGGUGUGCUUCUCCUGUUGCUUCAGUCUCCUGUUUACAAAACACAAACAGAAUUAUUUUUCCAGAUGGUCACAUUUGGGAGAGUGGCUGAGGGCAGCAUCAGAAUUUACCAGGCUUACUCAACUAUUUUGCAUCAGGGAGGUGAUUCUGCUCCUCUGUUUCUCUUUUGUGAGAUCUCACCUGGAGUACUGUGUCCAGUUCUGGAAUCCUCAACAUAAAAAGGAUAUGGAGAUGCUGGAACAUAUCCAGAGGAAGGCUACAAACAGGAUCUGAGUUGGAAGAUAAGGAAGAUUUUAAGGAAAAAUUCAUUCAUUUCCUUAAGUAUGCUAUGAUAAUCUACAAACGGGAACCAGCAGUGGAACAAGUGAUCAAUUUUGUGGCUAAAUUUGUUAGUUCGUUUUAUCAAAUGGAGAAAGAGGAUGGUAGUGAGGAAGGAGAAGAAGAUAACUUGUUUUUGAAUUAUGUGUUUAACUUUCUGCUUGAGUCUCAUAAUGCAAACAGCCAUGCAGUCAGAUUUCGAACAUGCCAGCUUAUUAAUAAGAUUUUGGGAGAUAUGCCAGAGAACGCCCAGAUUGAUGAUGAUUUAUUUGAUAAAAUUAAUGAAGCGAUGCUGAUUAGAGUUAACGAUAAAUUUUCAAAUGUAAGAAUUCAAGCUAUCUUGGCUUUGUUGAGACUUCAAGAUCCUCAGGAUGAAAACUGUCCUGUUGUUAAUAUUUACAACACAUUGCUUGAAAAUGAUUCAAAUUCAGAAGUGAGACGGGCAGUGCUGUCAUGUAUUGCUCCAUCAGGAAGGACUUUGCCAAAAAUUGUAGGCCGCACUAUGGAUAUAAAGGAAUCUGUCAGGAAGCUGGCAUAUGAGGUUUUGGCAGAAAAAGUUCACAUGAGAGCUUUAUCAAUAGCACAGAGAGUACAAUUGUUGCAACAAGGACUUAAUGACAGAUCUGAUGCUGUUAAGGAGGUAAUGAAGAAGAAGCUGCUUCAAGCCUGGUUACAGCUGUCUGAAGGGGAUGUUUUAGAAUUGCUUCAUCGACUGGAUGUGGAAAAUUGCCCAGAAGUGGCCACAUCAGCACUAAAUGCUGUGUUUUCGUUAUCUCCACUUUGUGACUUGGUUCAGAACUGUAAAAACCUUGAUGACAGAAAACUGAUUCCACUGGAAGACUUAACACCUGAGAAUGUGUUAUAUUGGAGAUGUCUUUGUGAGUAUCUAAAAUCAAAAGGUGAAGAAGGUGAAGAUUUACUAGAACAGUUGUUGCCAGAACCAGCUAAAUAUGCAGAUUAUUUAUUAAGUUACCUUCAAAAUAUGCCAGUUCUUAAAGAAGAACAAAGAGAAGACUUUGCUUGUUUUGAAAACCUGAUGACAAAAGAAUUUAUAGGCCAGCAACUGAUUCUUAUUGUAAACUGCAUGGAUAUCACAGAAGAGGGAGGAAGAAGGCAUCUCUUAGUUAUUUUACAAAAGAUUCUCAUUCUACCUGCAACUUCAACAGCCCUUAUACCUCUGCUUGUGGAAAGAUUACUCAGUAUCAUUAAGGAUGAUGACAGAAGGAUUCAGAUUAUUGCAGAAAUUAUAUCAGAAGUUCGUGAGCCAAUUGUUACAGUCGACCAGCCUAUUGAUGUUGCUGAGAUAAGAAAGCAGGAGCUUAAGUUGGCUGAAAUAAAAGUGAAACUUUUUGAAGCAAAAGGAGCUUUGGAAGAAUGUAUUACUCUACAGGAUUUUAGUAGAGCAUCAGUAUUAAAAGAGAAAAUAACUGAGUUGGAACAGAUUAAAAAUGAUCUGAUAAAAGAAGCGGAGCAACCCGAAAUUAAAGAAAUGCGUGUGGAGAAGAAUGAUCCUGAAACACUGUUGAAGUGUCUGAUGAUGUGUUACGAGCUUCUGAAGGUCCUGUCCCUUUCUAAAGGAAUUGGUCCAACCAUAAAGGAAAUAAUUGAAUCUUUGAUAGUUCCUGGCAUAACUAGCAUCCAUCCAGCUGUGAGAAAUAUGGCAGUUCUGUGUUUGGGUUGCUGUGGCCUUCAGAACAAAGAAUUUGCCCGACAACAACUUGCAUUGCUGUUACAGGUUUUACAAAUUGAUAAUGUAAAAGUAAAGCUCAGUGCUUUACAGGCAAUCUUUGACCAACUUAUGUUAUUUGGGAUUGAGCCAUUUAAAGCCAGAAGAGGCAAUGACCCUCAAAGCGAAGAUGCAGACAUUAGAACUGAAAAUUGUGAGGAACAAAGUGAAACAAUAGAGGAAGAAGAGACUGCUACAGUUCACAAUCUCUUGCAGCUUCUUUCUGGUUUCUUAGACAGCGAGUUUUCAGACCUUAGGACAGUAGCUGCAGAAGGCAUAGCCAAACUGAUGUUCUCUGGGCGGCUGAUUAGUGCCAAGCUUCUUUCUCAUCUUGUUUUGAUGUGGUAUAAUCCUGUGACUGAAGAGGAUACUCGACUUAGACACUGUUUGGGAGUUUUCUUCCCUUUAUUUGCUUAUGCAAAUAGGUCUAACCAGGAAUCCUUUGAAGAAGCUUAUCUCCCAACUCUACGAACGCUGUUAAAUGCUCCUGCAACUUCACCUUUGGCUGAAAUAGAUAUCGGUAAUGUUUCUGAACUGUUAGUGGACUUGACCAGACCAAGUGGACUGCAACCUCAGUCUGAAAAGUCUCAGGACUACCAGGACUUAACAGUGCAUGAUAGUUUAGCGAUGAAAAUUUGCAAUGAAAUCUUGAUGGACCCAACUGCACCAGAUGUUCGUAUUUACGCAAAAGCUUUAAAUUCACUAGAACUUAGUAGUUCUGCCACAGACAAUCUCCUGGUUCUGCUCGAUGAGAUUCUAGAGAAAGUGAAAGAUAAACUGUGUCAAAGAGCUAUUGAGAAACUCAAGAUGAACUUGACCAAAGAUCCUAACAUGGGCAAAGACCGCUCUAAAAGGCCUCAGGAAACAGGCCUCUCUGAAAGGACGCAGGAAACUGACAUCCUGUGUCCUGAAAAUACUGCUCAAAAUGAAGAAGAAAAUAACAAAGAUGCUCCUCAUACUCCAGUUAGUGAAGUUAAAAGUAAAGCAACUGCAAAAUCAAAAUCGACGAGAAGCAAAGCUGGCAAAGGACAACAGAAAGCAGCAGCAGCAGAAGUGAAGUCUGUGAGCAGAACUAAAACUGGUUCAACUGUAAGACGCAUUAGUGAAAGUGCUGAUGAAAUUCCAGAAUCUGUCCCAAUGUCAAGUUCAAGGCCUUCAAGACAAGCCAAAACAGUGGCAUUUGAAAAAACAAGAAUGCAACUUUUGGGACAUUUCAAUAGGGAAGCAGACCAGUGAAGACAAGAGGAGAGAAAAUGUCCUUGGCUAACGCUGGAAGUUAACAUCAGCCUUAAAAAAUAAAAUUUGUUUUAUUGAUAGUAACAUUUAGCUUUUUUUAUAUUAUGAUCAUUUAUAAUUCUAGAUAUUUCUAGAAACAUUUUCUCUUAAAUAGACCUUUUUGAUUAUUUUCCCGAUAUUAACCCCAUCAUUAAUGUAAUAAAAACAUUACCCGAAC